CAUCCCACAACCACCUCUCCUCCCUCACCCAAUUCCAAGCCUUCUCCUCCUUUAAUUCCAUUUCCACCUUCUAUUUCCAUUGACCUUAUUUCCUUGCUCCUAUUCCCGUUUUAUUCCCUCUAUUCCAACUGCUGGUCAAAAGCCAUCCUUUGCAUUUAGAACUUUUUGGACAGUGUACUGGGGGAGUUGGGAAUUAAAGAGAGUUUAUAUAUAGGAAUCCUAGACCCCAUAAAAAGCGGUUUUCUAGGGGAGUUGGGAUUGGAAAACAAAGUAUAAGGGAUAGUGUUAUUCAUGUUAUUUUAGUAUUUGGGUGGUGGUGAUACGCGGCUAAGUAAGAAGACAAAAACCUUUUAGACGAAGGUAUCGGGGGAGCACCCCACCUUCCAAACGGCUAUAAUUGUAGGGAGUUUUAAGGGGGGAGAGAGAGAAUAAAAGAAGGCUAAGAGGCGAGAGGAGAAGAGAACAAAGAGAGCAGUAGGAAGGGAUAAAUACAUAUACAUAUAUAUAAUAUAUAUAUAUAUUAUUAUUUUGUGGAUAGAAAGAGGAGGAGCGGGGGCCGGAGAUCGCCGCCGGGCGGGCUGAUCGGAGGACCUUGUGGGCUUCCGUCGAGCGGCCGCAUCGCUGGGCGGUCUGAUCCGGCGCCGGGGGAUCUCUGCCGGAGGGAAUCCGCGGCGGGAUUUCGAGGAGAAAGCCGGUCGAUUGAGAAGGAUUUAAAGGGAAAGAGGAAAAAAAGGAAGAAUCUUGGGAAAAGUUUUGAUUUCGAUUGGUCCACCAUGCCGGACGGCGGGUACUACAAUUCCAAGAAGACGGACGACGUCUGCGAGGAUGUCUGCGGCGAGCAGACUACAAGAGCAGCUCUGAGCAUGUCAAGGCUCCGAUGUGCCCUUCGGGGUUUCGAUUUGAAGGCACUGUUACUUCUCCUUGUGGGUGUUCCAUUUCUUAUCUUCAUCAUCUAUGUACAUGGCCAGAAGAUCACCUACUUUCUGAGGCCCCUGUGGGAAUCUCCCCCUAAACCCUUCAAUACCAUCCCACACUACUACCAUGAAAAUGUCUCCAUGCAGAACCUUUGCAAGCUCCAUGGAUGGGGAGUUCGGGAAACUCCAAGGCGCGUCUUUGAUGCAGUGCUCUUCAGCAAUGAAGUUGAUAUCCUUGAAAUUCGAUGGCAUGAGCUGAGCCCAUAUGUUUCAGAGUUUGUCCUCCUCGAGUCCAAUUCUACAUUCACUGGUUUGAUGAAGCCACUCACCUUUGCAAAGAACCGACAUCGAUUUAAGUUUGCCGAGUCCAGGCUGACUUACGGCUCUGUUGGAGGGAGAUUUGUGAAGGGGGAGAAUCCUUUCGUGGAGGAGUCUUACCAGCGAGUGGCGUUGGAUCAGCUUAUCAGAAUAGCAGGCAUCGCUGAUGAUGACUUGUUGAUCAUGUCUGAUGUUGAUGAGAUCCCAAGUGGCCACACGAUCAACCUUCUGAGGUGGUGUGAUGAUAUUCCUGAGAAGCUUCAUCUCCAGCUCCGGAACUAUCUAUACUCAUUCGAGUUCUACCUUGAUGACAAGAGCUGGAGAGCUUCGGUUCACAGGUAUCGAGCUGGGAACACCAGAUAUGCUCAUUUCCGCCAAACAGAUGACCUAUUGGCCGAUUCUGGGUGGCACUGCAGCUUCUGCUUCCGCCACAUCAAGGAGUUUAUAUUCAAAAUGAAGGCAUACAGCCAUGUGGAUCGUGUGAGAUUUGCCUAUUACCUAAAUCCAUCAAGGAUUCAGGAUGUUAUAUGCCAAGGAGCAGACCUAUUUGAUAUGCUUCCAGAGGAGUACACAUUCCAGGAAAUCAUCGCCAAGCUGGGACCGAUACCGAGUUCAUAUUCUGCUGUCCAUCUUCCAGGUCACCUACUUCAGAAUGCUGACCGGUACAGAUAUCUCCUGCCAGGAAACUGCAAGCGUGAGAGUGGCUAAGUUUUGUUAGUGGCAUCAUAGGUUGCUUGCAAAUGCUACAGAGAAGGUGCACUUAGAAAAUUGAUCUAUGGCUUUAUAUUGGAGAUGAGUAUCUAACUUGGUUGGAUGAUUCUUCUGUGGAAAUGGGAAAGCAUGUGUGAGCUCUGUUCUUAUAUGUGCAAUAGAUUUUGAAGAUUUAUUAGUAUCAACACAUGCUUGCCUGGGACCCAUGUAUUUGCCAAGGAGCUCAGUGGUAUACCAUGGGAGAUUAUUCAUCUUUUUUUUCCCUUCCGAUAUGUGAUAUCACGCUGCUUGUUGUACAAUGCAAACCGAGUGAGUUUUGAAACUUUUACGCCCUGGGAAUUUGUUUUCUUCUAGAACUAAUUUAUUCAUGAAUUUUUCUUCCAGCCGGCCUUGAUGUUUUAUUGACUCUGAGAUUGUACCAGCUGAUUUACU